AUGGAAUCCAACCCCCGCAAACUCUCGGGCUCCUACCACCUCACCGGCGCCGACAUCGUCGAGUCGAUCGACGAUCUCGGCUCCGACGGCCGCUGGGAGGAGCUGACCGCCAAGCGCGCGGCCCACCAGUCCGCCGACAUGCCGCAGAUGCAGGGCGGCGAGCGCACCGGCUUCACCGGUAAUAAGGUGCCCGACCGGGCGCAGUCGUUCCGGCCGUAUGAUCCGAAGGGACCGAUGGGUGCCGAGCAGAGCGAGGAUAUUCAUCCUCAUGAGUAA